CACCAUGGGCCAGAAGUUGGAGAAGUUGUCGGAAAAAGACGGAGAGUCAAAUGAUAAUUCAGACUGGUCUGAGAGAACUGCAGAGACGCAACAGUCAGAGCCAAGAGAACGAGAUAAGAGCAGAGAUCAAGAGGAUCAGGACAGUUUCAUGACCCCUCAUUGUAUUGAUGAGAUUAGUGGGAUUAGUGUCAGUGACACGACCACUGGGCAUGCAGGGGAGCACACAGUCACUUCUGCAAGUACAGACCCCCAUACUGGGCAGCCAAUCAGACCUCUAGGGCAGCAGGAGCACCCCCUCGGCACCAGGGGAGAGAGGGUGGGUGGCGACAGGGAAGGCCGAGGUGUCUCUCGAACUCUGGAGGAGUCAAAAACCGUUCUGAACCGUAAGGCAACAAGACCAAAGCAGGUCUCUGAGGGUACAGCUGAAGCCUUUACUGGGACUGCAGCUAUGGAUGAGCUGGGAAGCAGGAAGAAAUCUGAAACUAGCUGGAGCAAGUUGGGUCCUGGCACUCAAACAAGGAGUCUAACAACCCAGUGCAAUCCCACUAAUGAGGAGGACUUUGUGUUGCUUGAGAAGGAUGAAACUUGGAAGUCAUCUGAUAUAGAAACUUUUGGCAGUAAGAUAAAAACAGAGAAUCCUAUAUCAUCAAUAAAAAGAAGAGAGGACGAAGACACUUCUGCUAGCUAUGGUGACAAUAACCUCCCACAACCUUCCAGGAAUACCGCCCAAGAAAAAGGUAAUGACAAGAAAAGCAGAGAAAAAUCUGACACACUUUUAGUCAUGACUGACAGAGUGGAAGCACAUGCUGAGAGUUCACCCACAGCCUGUUUUGAGAGGAAAAUGGGUCAACAUUUGGCUGAAGUGACAGGCGGCAGGUGUCAGCUAAAAGGAGUCAGUCAUGUUGGAGCUGCUCACACAGAGACAACUGGGAGAGGAGAAGCAGAGAGGGAGCAAAGCAUGAAUGACCACAGCAAGCGGCAAAUGUAUACUCACAACAAUAAGGAGCCUCUGACAGCACAAAGUAACAGUGGGUCAGUGAAAAGAUUAAAAGAGAGUACUGGCGAUUUGGAAAACAUCCAUGACAAAGCUGUCCAGUUGACUUCACAGCAGGAGAGAGCAGUCAAGUCAAACCUGGAACCAUGCUUGGAGAAUUCUUUAAGAGAAUCACAAAAUCAAGACGAGGAAAACUACAAUUCAGGAUUUAAUGCACAUAAAUCACAAGCUGAUCAGUCCCAGAGCUGGUUUGCUGAUGCUGUCUCUAGAAGAGCUAAAGCAGGUCCUCUUUGUUCAUAUGACAUGAAAGAGGCCAAGCUCCUUAGCUCUGAAAUACCACAACUGCAUGACGCUCCAUCAUUUUCAUUAGAACAAUGCGAUUUGAUCCCGUGUCUUCCUCUGCCAGAAAAUGAAGGCAGUGAUGAAAAGCCACAGAUUACAAGCUACAAAAGGGAGAGCGAACCUGUUUGCUUCUCUCCUGUCAUCACCCCUCCACCUUUAACUCAUCUGUUGCCUGACAAAGACACAGUGAUGGCAGCACAACUCAAUACAAAUGUGAUCAAUUCACAGAUGGUGCCAAAUGCAACACCCAACCCAUGUGAGUCUAAAGUGGAGUUUGUGCCAAAAGAAAAGCCCAAAGUUAAAGGUCCACCUCCACCUGUCCCCAAAAAACCCAAAAAUCCAUUUAUAAAGCUAAAAACUGCACAAUUAAUGUCAACUGAUGGGCAAAGAAGAGGCAAAGACCAUCUGUGUUCUGAAGAAAGGGCUAAAAGGAGACACACUUUUCAUUUUAACAAAGAUCUUCCAUAUAAUCCUCAAGCUAAUCAGGACAUGUGUUUGCACUGGGAUGAAAGAGGCACUUACAGUGUCCCAACCAACAUACGACACUUGACACUUGACCUUGACCCACGGGAGCAUCUUUCACUGAGACACAUGGAUGAUCAUUAUGGAGACAUGGUUGACUUUGGCUAUUGCACACGUGUGGCACAACUAUCUCCAGAUGAAGAGCCACAAAACCUGGAUAUGUUAAAGAGAAGAGUUUUCCUGGAGAGACGAGACAAAUAUAAAAACCCACCUCCUCCUGUUAAGAAAAAGCCCUCAAAUGCUUUUGCCUCCAAGGAGAUUUCUCAUAUUCCCGAGGUCACAUCAGACAAAGAAAUCCAAAGACCAAAACCUGCUUGUUCAGGGAAAAGAGAAAGCUACCCUGAGCUCCUGUCUGAAAGAAUCAGCACAGAGGUUAGUGACAACAAUUAUGCUCACUAUGGUAAUCGCAGAGAAGUGACUGAUCACAUUAAGGGUAGGUUUGUGGGAGAUGAUAAUGAGGUGGGUUCCUACAAGCCUGUGGCAAAAAUCAUCAAGGAAGCAAACCAAAAACAGAGACAUCAGGACUGGGUCAAACCUGAAGGGGCUGCAGCUCAGGCCCGAGUGACAGAGCAGAGCCCAAGUGUGAACGUAUCCCAAAUGAAGAAUGCCUUUGAUGUUCCAAAGAAACCAAAAGAGAAACCACUAGAAGUUCAGCCACCACCAAAGAAAGAUAUGUUGCGGCGAGUAGUUCGACAGAGCAAGUUCCGUCAUGUCUUUGGUCAGGCGGUGAGGAACGACCAGUGCUACGAUGACAUCCGUGUCUCCAGAGUCACAUGGGACAGCUCCUUCUGUGCUGUCAACCCCAAGUUUGUUGCCAUCAUCAUAGACGCCAGUGGAGGAGGAGCCUUUCUUGUACUUCCUCUACAAAAGACUGGCCGUAUAGACAAGGUCUACCCUACAGUAUGUGGUCACACAGGCCCGGUGUUAGACAUCGACUGGUGUCCCCAUAAUGACCUUGUUAUUGCGAGUGGCUCAGAAGACUGCACAGUGAUGGUUUGGCAGAUCCCUGAGCAUGGGCUGGAGACGGCCCUUUCAGAGCCUGUAGUCGUGUUAGAAGGUCACUCUAAGAGGGUCGGCAUUGUGUCUUGGCAUCCCACCGCUCGCAACGUCCUCCUCAGUGCAGGAUGUGACAACCAGAUCAUCAUCUGGAAUGUGGGCACGGGAGAGGCCAUGAUCAACCUGGAGGACAUGCACCCUGAUGUUAUCUUUAGUGUCAGCUGGAGCCGCAAUGGCAGCCUACUCUGCACCGCCUGUAAGGACAAAAAGGUCCGAGUCAUCGACCCCCGUAAGAAAAAAAUUGUUGCGGAGAAGGACAAAGCCCAUGAGGGAGUUCGACCAAUGAGAGCAAUCUUUUUGGCAGAUGGAAACAUUUUCACCACUGGAUUCAGCCGCAUGAGCGAGCGCCAGCUAGGCCUGUGGAAAAGUGACAACAUGGAUGAGCCAAUAUGUGUUCAAGAGAUGGACACCAGUAAUGGAGUUCUGCUGCCCUUCUAUGACCCUGACACCAAUAUAGUCUACCUGUGUGGAAAGGGUGACAGCAGCAUUCGGUACUUUGAGAUCACAGAUGAGGCACCGUUUGUUCACUACCUCAACACCUUUUCUACCAAGGAGCCCCAGAGAGGCAUGGGAUACAUGCCCAAGAGAGGACUGGAUGUCAACAAAUGUGAAAUUGCAAGGUUUUACAAAUUACAUGAGAGAAAAUGUGAACCAAUAAUCAUGACAGUUCCACGUAAAUCUGAUCUGUUCCAGGACGACCUGUACCCGGACACAGCCGGCCCGGAUCCCACCCUGGAGGCAGAGGAGUGGUUUGCUGGGAAAAACGGAAGUCCCAUCCUGAUCUCGCUCAAAGACGGCUACAUCUCCACGAAGAACCGCGAUCUGAAAGUGGUCAAGACGAACGUCCUGGAGACCAAACCGGCCACAAAGGCAACAAAGGCAGAGAACAUCUCGACUGUCCAGAAGCACGCCUCUUCACAGCCCUCAGUAAAAAUGGAGGAUAAACUGGAAGAGGUACUCCGAGAGUUCAAGUCACUCAGGGACCGUGUCAUCCUUCAAGACCGUCGAAUUGCCAGAUUGGAAGAGCAAGUUGCCAAGGUUGCCAUGUAAGACACCGGCCCCCUCACAGGACUGUUCAUUGCUGAGAGAAUCAAAAGGACAGAGUCAGCCACGGCCAGAAUCUCAAGAUUCGGCUUCAUUCGGCUUGGCGUUAUCCCUGCGAUGAGACCAAGCGUACAUUCCAACAUGAACUUUUAUUUUCACUCACCAAGCUCAGAUUGACACUUCGCCCUGACCCACACAGAAAAGAGGAGGAACUCUCGCAACUGAUGUACACGUUAGAAGAAAAGACAUUUUUGUUGAAUGAAGUCUUAACGUUUCUGUUUUCAAAUUGUGGUAAAACAUUCUUAUGUGAAGUUUGUACUUACUACUCAAAAACUGUAUGUAGCAUCAGUAUUUCCAUUGUUCUGUUUUGUGUUGCCAAAUAUGAAUUGUGUGCGGUUUCAUGCACUGCUUUUGCAUUUAUUUUCUCCGUUGGUGUACAUUCCAGUCACAACUGGUAGAAUGAAUUAGCCAAGCUGGAUUUUUUUUUUCUUUUAAAUUGCUGUUGAACUUUUUUCCUCCCAGCAGUUUUACUCAUCAAUAACCUUCAGGUUCAUGAAUGUGGAAGAUCCUUCUAAUAUGUUUUUGUUCGCAUUCUUCUGAGCUUGAAAUUAAACAUUGGGUUUUAAUUGGGGGGAGGGAGGGUUGCAUCUCUGGUGUAAAUGUUGUGCAGAUGUAGUGGUGCCUCUUUGUCACUGUUAAGGGUCAAAUUAAAGUCGCCCUCUCCAGUGCAUAUUUGGUGUAGGAAGGGACCACUCGUCCAGCUUUUGUUUCACGGAACCCCUGACAAACAGUUCUGUGCACAUAAUAAAGAUUUUACACAUGAAAACCUCCCUUUCUUCUUAUC